AACGGGAGGCAGCCGGUGUCUGUGUGUGCGCGACACCCUCCUCUUCCGGCAAUGGACGUCGACCGGCUCCAGGAGGCUUUGAAAGAUUUUGAAAAAAGAGGAAAGAAGGACGUUUCUCCUGAACUCGACCAGUUUCUGUGUCAUGUUGCAAAGACUGGAGAGACUGUGGUCCAGUGGCCACAAUUCAAAGAGUACUUUUUAUUUAAACUGGAGAAGGUGAUGGAUGAUUUUCGCACUUCUGCUCCUGAACAAAGAGGACCCCCAAAUCCAAAUGUGGAAUAUAUUCCUUUUGAUGAGAUGAAGCAAAGAAUACUAAAGAUUGUCGCUAGUUUUAAUGGCACUCCUUUUACUAUUCAGCGGCUCUGCGAGUUACUGACUGACCCACGAAGGAAUUACACAGGCACAGACAAGUUUCUGAGAGGAGUAGAAAAGAAUAUCAUGGUUGUGAGCUGUGUAUACCCUUCUUCUGAGAAAAACACUUCUCCCAGUCUGAACCGCAUGAAUGGCGUUAUGUUUCCAAGCAACUCCCAGAGUUACACAGACAGGUCAAAUGUUAAUGGUCCUGGAACCCCAAGACCGACAAAUCGGCCAAAAUUCACCUUGUCGAGUCCAAUGAACACAAAUGGUUUGCCUGACAGUAUGGAAAAUAAAGAAUCCGACUUGCAGCAGAAAGAAAAGAGUCUGAGUGACUCUGCAGUGUUUGAUGAUGGAUCACAAGCAACUACUCCAAAAAAUAAGCAUUCAGCUGAGGACUCUGUAGAAGCUGAGGAACACGAAGUCAAGAGACUAAAAUUUGAUACAGAAGAGGAUGAGGAAGCAGCGUGUGCUAAUCCAGACGCAUCUAGUGAGGUCUCCACUGAAAUGGCCGAGGAAGCUGAAUGUGCAUCUACAAGUGCGGAUAAAGGGAAAGAAAGCUGUCAAACAGCACAGACUGCAGAUGAAGAGUCUUUAAUGACAGCGAGUGAAUCCACUGAGGUAGAGUGCAACGAGAGGGACAGUGAAACUGUGAGUGUGAGUGAAGAGUCCUCAGAGGAGAGUCAUCAGAUGGAGGAAUCUGAACAGUCUGAAUCAGCCUGUUCUCUGAACAGUGAAGAGCCGAACUCUGCUGCUGCAGCGGCGAGCACUGCGGGUACCGACUCCAGCGAGGGAAACAUUGGUAUCAAAUCCACUGAAAUCCUUUCAUUGUCUCCUAUGGAAAACAGUGAAGAGGCCACGAAUGCGCCAGAGGAACCUAUGGAACAAGACUAACCAAUUGCCGCCGACACACCAGUAUUUUCCAGACACUUCUGUUUUUACACUGUAUAAAAAAAAAUUUUAUGUACAAAAAAAGUGGACCUUUUUUAGUUUUUUUUCAAAAGGCAAGUAAACCACAAACUACUCUGGAAUAAAAACCUGAACGAGCUUUACUUUCCCUUUAUAAGACUGAAUCUGCAACUCCAGGUUCUGUGCUCGCCGCUGAUUGUCAGUUGGGUAAAAACAAUGGUUUUUGUAUAGAUUUCUUUUGUGUUUUUUUUUUUUUUUUAUUCUUGUUUAGAAAGUUUUUAAACUGGAUGGCUAUUCCUUUCCCCUCGAGGUUUCAACAUUGGUUACGUUAUUAGAAGGAGAAAAAGAAAGUUCUGUUGUCCUUUCAGUUGAUUUCAUCUGUUUAAGGGUAAAACUCCUCUCGGUGCGGCUUGAGCCGACGCGUCGCCAUGUGACGAAACGCAUGCGUCGUGUCGGAUGUUCUGAAGAUACAGGAAGUAAUGGAGAAAUCGCAGGUAAGAACUACAUUUAUCCGACUGUCGGAUGAAAACGCAGAAUUCACUUCCUGUAUUUUCAGAACAUCCGACAGGUUGCGUGCGUUUCGUUGCAUGUCGACAUGUGGGCUCCAGCCGCACCAUGGAGUUCUACCCUAAACCAGUUACAUUUUCAGAUGUGAAAGAAGCGUAAUCUAGGAAAUGCUCCCACCCCCCCAUGAAUCUGCUCAAGGAUCAGUCGGCAAAGUUUUUUUUUUUAUCUUCUACACAAAGACUUAACGGUGGGUGGUUAACGGACGCUGCAAAAAUCCAAAUUUUUCACACAUUCCAAGCGAUCUAACCGACGUAUAUUGUGUUUUAUUUCUUUUGAAGGUGCCAGAGUAUACGUUUUUUCCAUUUUUAUUUAUGAGCGAAUGCGCUUAUUAGUGGAAACUGCACUCGAUGCGUUGGUGUUUAUGAUUUACACUCACAGAUCGGGGGUCGGAAUUCAAAAGGUACUUUUUUUCUUUUUCUCUGAUAUAUGUUGGCAUUAUAAUUUCCUCUUGACGUCUGCAAUCAUCUUAUGGAGAGUUCAUACAUUUACGUUCCCUUCCUGGGCUGAAUAAAGUCCUUGAGGUGCAUUGAGACCGCCGCCAUUUGUAUCACAUUUUUGAAGUGAACCGAAUAUUUUUGAACACUUUGACAGCCAGCGAUGAGAGAUCCCUCCGACCAGCUCAAAGCACAAACAGCCGUUCUUACACAUUGUUCAUUGUUUUGUUUUCCAACAUCCUCUGAAGUUGGUUUAGUCUGAAACGUUUUUUGUUUUUUUUUUGUCAUUGUUGCUGGCUGCCAAAUUUCUACCUGUUUUUUCUUCAACCUAUAGCUUUUUUGAUAUGUAGAAUUUUUAAAUUUAUGUAAAGUAGAUUUUUGUAGAAUGUAAACCAAGUGUUCACUGCCUUUGUGAAAUGUUCUUUAAUUUGUAUGAUUUCUGUGUGUAAACCGAAUGCUUGGGCUUUCAAUACAGUAUUCAUAUGAAGCAAUAAAUAUUAAUGUUAUUAAAAGUCCCGGAGUAAAAUUUUUAUCAAAUAUAUGCACUCAAAAAUCAAAAAAAAAAAUUAAAAAGUAAAGUACCCAGA